AUGAUGCCGACUCUAUUUUUCGUGCUAACGAGCGUCUUGUCAACCGCGACAGCAGCGUUCCACGAGUACGAGUACAACUGCAACACCACAGCGCUUCCAUGGUCUGUAAGCCGUGAAGACCAUCCGGUUCUUUCAGAAAACGGUCUUGAACGUCUGCUGCAAUGUCCCAAAGACCUUCACGGCUGCAGCUCGGAUAUAACCCCCUGCGAGGAAGAACGCUACAUUGUGACGUGUUCGUGCGCGUCCAACUGCCAGGACUACGGUGACUGUUGCUGGCAGGCUGGACCUUCUCUCGAAAGACACUCUUCUUCCUCUUGCAUCAGACUCAACGUAGAAGGAAAGUACGAGAGGGAUUUGUACAUGGUCACAGGGUGCAAUCCUACCUGGCCGAUGGAUGAUACCAGAGAGUCUUGCGAGGCCAUAGACAGUUUCCAGGAUACAUUCUAUGUCAUCCCAGUGACGAGCGCAAGGAAUGUCACUUACCGAAACGCUUUCUGCGCACUCUGCAACUACGACCUGGACAACGCGACCACCUUCUGGAACGCAACAAGCAAGAUUCGCAGGUACUUUAAGGUCACCACACCAGACAUGGCCGACGAGAACAAGCCACUCCAUCUCAGACCAUGCGCCUUCCACACCAGAAUCAACGAUUCUUGCCUGGAAGGGUCGGACUCCGAAACCGUACGUAGAUGUCACACUUACUUCGCCCCAGUGAAACCCAAGGGAAAUGAGUCCGAAGUCAUCUACAAGAACAUCUACUGCGGCCUCUGCAACGGUGCUGAUCCAUUAGAACUCGAGUGCGCCCCGAUGUUAGUGGUCCCAGAAACGUGGUUUCUUCCUCAACUCAGAUCUGGCAGACCCAACUUGCUUUCCUUGCUGAGACCAGUUUUGACCAGUGACUCCUGCUUCUCGUGGCACAGCAACAAGUGUUACAUCCGAGCACCCCAGUACCGCUACAACGCUAGCGUUACUGGAGCCAACGCCAGCCUAGUGAAUGGCACCAACGCUACUGCAUCUGAGCAACAGCCCUACGACAUCCAAAACUACUUGACCGUUGUGUGCGUGAGCCUAUCUUUGUUGUGUCUGCUCCUGAAGGGCCUCGUGUAUAUACUCUUCAAGAGUUCACGAACUUUCUCUUCUAGAUGCACUCUGUGUCUCUCGGCUACAUUGUUCUGGAGUCAGCUGAUCUUCCUUCUGGUCAACAGCCUGGAGGUUCCCCAGUCUGUUUGCACGGGGUCAGCUAUUGUUCUCCACUAUGGCUUCCUGUCAACGUUCUUCUGGACGAGCGUCUUGUCGUUCGAUAUCUGGAAAAAUGUAGCAGGCGUCAGGCUCACCUCUGGGAGGAGCAGUGGCUUCAUUGCCUACUGCCUCAUUGCCUGGGGUGGACCAUUGGCGAUCAUAGCUAUUUGUGUCUUACUGAACUGGACAGCUCCGACAUUCGUGCUGUCGCCCCGAUACGCACGCCGCGGCUGUUGGAUAGGGAGCUUCUGGGGACAGGUGACUUUCUUUUUGUUCCCGAUGUUCGCCUUGCUAAUCCUGGAUAUCGGCCUAUACGUGCACAUCGUCUACCACAUUCGCAAGACCGUCAAGCAAGCCGCCAACUUCGACUUCAGGGGUGGUGCACAGCGUUCUCACAUGGCGCUAUUCAUCAAGCUUGGCUUCAUCAUUGGCACGACAUGGCUGCUUGGAUUCGUGGGAGUUUUUGUGAAUAACAUUGCCAUGGACAUCAUCGUCAUCAUCUUCGUGGGGCUACAAGGUGUUUACCUCUUCUUCGGCUUCAGGGACUACACGUACUUCCUGCCGAAGCGCCCGUUCAGAAAGGAUCUGGCCCGAACCACGAGCGCUUCGAGCGCGAACACCGAUGUACCGACCAUCGAGAGGCACCCCAAUGGAAGUUUGCGUGAAGGUGUGCAGAGAGGACCCGCCUUCAAUACGUUCGAGAAGUUGGAGUGAGAAUGCGUCUAUUCAGGCUG